AUGGCUGCUUGUGAUAGCAAUUACAAAUUCACUGUGUUUGAUGUGGGUGCAUUUGGUAGUGAAAGUGAUGGAGGAGUAUUGUCUAGAUCUGCGUUUGGAAAGGCUCUCAACGAAGGUACUCUUAAUAUUCCAAAAGGAAAGACACAUCUACCUGGUUCUGAAAAGAAAACACCUUUUUAUUUUGUUGGCGAUGAAGCUUUUCAAAUGUCGACAAACAUGAUGCGACCUUAUCCAGGACGGAAUCUGAAUGAAGAGAAGAAAAUUUUCAAUUAUCGUCUAUCACGUGCUAGAAGAACGAUUGAAAACACAUUCGGUAUCCUCGUGUCUAGAUGGAGAAUAUUCCGAAAAUCGAUAUGUGCAAGUCCAGAUGUAGCUGAAAAAUUAGUUGUAGCCGCAAU